AUGCUUGCGUGCCACGUGCGCAACUGCACCAAGGACAACUUCCCCCUUGCGUUUGCGGACGUCGAGCUCGUCGUCAAGCCCGCCGAGGAGAACCUCGACUUCCUGCGACGCUUCCUGCCCAAGCUCGACUGGCGCGCGCUCGUCGACACCGCCCGCUCGCUCGGCGACACGGCCCUGCCCGACGACAUGCCUGCCACAUGGACCGACGAGCAGCUCCAAGCCCUGCACCACGUCCUUCUUGAGAUCCACGUCGAGGAGGGCAAGAUGAUCUGCCGCGGAUGUGGCCACGUCUACCCCAUCCAGAACGGUAUCCCAAAUAUGCUCCUUGCCGAGCACGAGAUCAGCCGCUAA